AUGGCCGACGCCUUCAACGCCAUUGAGACUGCGGUCUUGGAGCGUCGUCAUGACGCCAUCGCCAAGCUCGUUUCGUCGAUCGACGUCGACGAGUACUCGUACCGCGUGCCCGGCAAGACGCUCUUGCACCUUGCUGUCGCCAUCAAUGACGCCGUAUCAACCUCGCUGUUCCUCCGCCAUGGCGCCCGCGUCCACUGCCUCGACAACGACGACGCGACGCCGCUCCAUUUGGCGCCAUCAGGCGAGAUUGCACUGUUGCUGUUGGUGCACGGCGCCUCGGUUCAUAGCAAGCGGCUUGACGGCGCAACGCCUCUGCACCGAACAACGGCAGGUAACACGCCGCUGCACUUCACAUCUUCACCCGAGACGGCAGCGACAUUGCUGUCGCACGGAGCACUGGUCGACGCUGUCAACGUCCACGGACACACGCCUUUGCACCUCGCGUCGAGCUUUGGACGCUGGAGUGUCCUCCUCGUCCUGCUCGAGCACGGCGCCAGCACAGACCUCAAGGACAACGAAGGACGCACGGGUGCAAUGAUUGCUGCGUGCGUCGCCGCGACCUUCCAGCAGGCAGCGGCCCAAGCAGCAGCCGACGAUCCGCUGGCUAAAGACAUGAUCCGGACUGUCGCGACCCUGUCCUAUUGGGAGAAGAAGCGCCACGAAGGUCGCAGCGCCCAUCACAUUCUCUGCGACUUGGCGUGGCAAUGCUUGCGCCCCGUUUGCAAGGACCCUCGCGCUGCUUUCCAGCGCACCAAGCUCCCCACCGACGUCCUCGAUGUCAUUGUCGCGCAGUACGUGGGCCCGUGGGCGAUCCACGUUUAA